AUGUCCGAGCCGUAUCGUGAUCCAUGGCUCGACUACAAAGCGAUUCUCGAUUCAAUGAAGAAAAAAUUCCUGAAAAAACCAAACUAUUCACAAGCUUUAGCUGAUUUCAAUAAGUUGGCGCUUCGAUUUAAGUAA